ACUUACAAUGUGUCGGCCCUGCAGGGUCUACUACUAUAUUUUUGUUUUGUUUUGUUUUUGUACUGGGAAUUGAACUUAGGAUCUUGCAUUUCCCAGGCAGGCACGUAUGCUGCUGAGCUACAUCCCCUGCUGGUAUUCCUAUUUCUAGGUCAAGACACUAAAAAAGUGACUUGCACGGUUAAAGUAUCUGGUCAAUUCAAGGUCUCACAGAAGCCUGGUUCGUUACCUCUGAGCUGAAGUUCUCCAAGGCACUGAGGGCCAGGCAGGAAGCAUCAGUUUCCUCAAAGCUGCUUCCCUACUGGGACAGAGUCACAAACAACUACCAACACCCUGUCCCGCCCCUCUUCGCUCACCGCUGUGAAGUCAGAGCCACAGGACAAAGUGGCUGGGAUAAGGAGCCAGGACUGAAGCGGCCAUGGGCUCUGGAGGAGUGGGCCUCCUUGGGGGCAGGGGGCCCCUGCUUCUCCUGCUUCUGUGUGCCGGGGGAGGCAAGACUCAGGAGUCCCCACCCCAGAUCUUAGUUCACCCCCAGGACCAGCUGCUCCAGGACUCAGGCUCUGCCAAGAUGAGCUGCAGAGCAUCAGGCCAGCCGCCCCCCACCAUCCGCUGGCUGCUCAAUGGGCAGCCCCUGAACAUCGAUGUGGACCUGUACCACCUCUUCUCGGACGGCACCCUCCUCCUGCUGCGGCCCCCCGCGCAGGGACGAGCCCACGAUGACCAGGCCCUGGCCAUGAUCCUGGGCAUCUACACAUGUGAGGCCAGCAAUCAGCUGGGCACGGCAGUCAGCAGAGGCGCUCGGCUGUCUGUGGCUGUCCUCCGGGAGGAUUUCCAGAUCCAGCCCCAAGACACAGUGGCCAUGGUGGGUGAGCAGUUGGUUCUGGAGUGUGGACCUCCUUGGGGCUACCCAGAACCCACAGUCUCAUGGUGGAAAGACGGGAAACCCCUGGCCCUCCAGCCAGGGCGGCACACGGUAUCCAGGGGUUCCCUGCUGGUGUCAAGAGCAGAGAAGAGUGACACUGGGAUCUAUAUGUGUGCGGCCACCAACAAUGCAGGCCAACGGGAGAGCCGAGCAGCCAGGGUGUCUAUCCAGGAGUCACAAGAUCACAGCGAGCCUGUGGAACUGCUGGCUGUCCGUAUUCAGCUAGAAAAUGUGACCUUGUUGAACCCAGACCCCAAGAAGGGCUCCAAGCCUGGGCCAGCUGUGUGGCUCAGCUGGAAGGUGAGUGGCCCUGCUGCACCUGCUCAGUCCUACACAGCCUUGUUCAGGGCUCGGACAGCCCAGGGAGGCCAGAGAGCUCCGUGGGCAGAGGCGCUGCUGGACGGCUGGCAGAGCGCAGAACUCGGGGGACUCCGCUGGGGCCAAGCCUACGAGUUCAAAGUGAGACCGUCCUCUGGCCGGGCUCGAGGCCCUGACAGCAAUGUGCUGCUCCUGAGUCUGCCGGAACAAGUUCCCAGUGCCCCACCCCAGGAAGUGACCCUAAAACACAACAACAGCAGCAUCCUUGUGAGCUGGGUCCCACCACCUGCUGAAAACCACAAUGGCGUCAUCCGUGGCUACCAGGUCUGGAGCCUGGGCAAUACCUCACUGCCUCCCAUCAACUGCACCGUCGUGGGUGCGCAGACCCAGCUGGAGAUGGAUGCGCAAAUGUCAGGCUCCUACUGUGUGCAAGUGGCUGCCUUCACUGGGGCUGGGGCUGGGGCACCCAGUAGCCCUGUGUGCCUCCUUUUAGAAAAGCCCAUGGAACAAUCAGCCCAAGAACCCAGCGAGCAAGGUCCGUGGGCCCUAGAGUGGCUGAGGGCCACAGUGAGGAGGCCAGAGGUCAUCGCCAGUGGAGGUGUCCUGCUCUGGCUGCUGCUGCUGGGCAUCGCUGUGUGCAUCUACCGCAGGCACCAAGCCAGGGUGCACAUGGGUCCAGGUCUGUACAGGUAUACCAGUGAGGAUGCCAUCCUAAAACACAGGAUGGACCACAGCGACUCACCCUGGCUGGCAGACACCUGGCGAUCCACCUCUGGCUCUCGGGACUUGAGCAGUAGCAGCAGCCUUAACAGCCGGCUGGGGGUGGAUCCCCGGGACCCACUAGACUGCCGGCGCUCCUUGAUCUCCUGGGAUCCCCGAAGUCCCGGCGUGCCCCUGCUUCCAGACACUAGCACCUUUUAUGGCUCCCUCAUCGCUGAGCUGCCCUCCAGCCCCCCAUCCCGGCUGAGUCCCCAGACCCCAGCUGCCAGGCGCCGCCCUCCUCAGCUGAUCCGGACCUCCAGCCCCUGGCCCAGCUCAGACAGCCUCUGCAACCACAGGGGCCCCGAUUCGCCAUGCUCCUUGUCUCUGGCUCCUGCAGAGGCCUGGAAGACCAAGAAGAAGCAAGAACUGCACCAGGCCAACAGCUCCCCCCUGCUCAGGGGCAGCCACUCCUUGGAGCUCUGGGCCUGGGAGCUGGGACACAGAAGCUCCAAGAAUCUUUCCCAGAGCCCAGCAGCUGUGCCCGGGGCUCUGGUGGCCUGGCGGGCCCUGGGACCACAGCUCCUCCGCAGCUCCAAUGAGCUAGCGACUCGCCCUCUCCCUCCAGCACCUCUCUCUCCUGGUGGAGCCCCCACUCAGAAUCCACAGACCCAGCACACAGUGGAACCCCAAGCUUCUGCCCCCCUCUCUGUCCUGAGCCCCUCUAGGCCCCCCAGCCCCCAGCCCUCCUCCCUCUCUGGCCCCAGCCCAGCCUCCAGUCGCCUGUCCAGCUCCUCACUGUCAUCCCUGGGGGAAGAUCAGGACAGUGUGCUGACCCCUGAGGAGGUGGCACUGUGCUUGGAGCUCAGUGAGGGGGAGGAGACCCCCAGGAACAGCACCUCUCCCAUGCCCAGGGCACCCUCACCCCCUACAACCUAUGGGUACAUCAGCAUCCCGACGGCCUCGGAGCUAGCAGACGUGGGCGGGGCUGGGGGCAGGGUGGCAUCUGAAAGGGGAGGCCUGCUGUGCCCACCUCGGCCCUGCCCCACCCCCACCCCCAGCGAGGGCUCCCUGGCCAAUGGGUGGGGCUCGGCCUCUGAGGACAACGGCCCUAGUGCCAGAGCCAGCCUGGUCAGCUCUUCCGACGGCUCUUUCUUCGCUGAUGCCCACUUUGCCCGUGCCCUGGGCAUGGCUGUGGAUAGCUUCGGUUUCGGUCUGGAGCCACGGGAGGCCGACUGUGUUUUCACUGAUGCCUCAUCUCCUCCCUCCCCACGGGAUGACAUCUCCCUGACGCCCACCUUUCCCUUGUCCCUAUGGGAGUGGAGGCCAGACUGGCUGGAGGACAUAGAGAUCAACCACACCCAGCAGCUGGGGAAGGGGCUGCCCCCUUGGACCCCUGACUCUGGGAUCUCGUCCCAGCGCAGUCGGCUCAGCUGUCAUGUGCCCAAGGCUGGUGACUCCUCCUGACCCGUGUCCCUGGGAUAGGACAUCAGGGCCACCCUUCCCGUCUGCUUACAAGACUGGCCUGUGCCCGUGCCUCCAGGAGAGUUCUCCCACCAAGACUGCUCCAGAAAAAAGAGAGAUGAAAACGAGAGCAAAGCCGUCCUGGAACAUUCUGGAAACAAAACAUCACCUCCACCUGACCCCAGGAGUCUCCUCCUCAUGGCCACCCCACAGCCUGGGCCUUUGGCCUAAGGAGCUGCUCUCCCCACUCUUAGGGAUCACAGGAAAUGGGGAGCCUGAGAGGUCUCCACAGAAGGUCCUACAGCUGGGGGGGGGCUAUGGAAGAAGGGCGCCUCCUCUCUCAGCCCUGCCUCACCCCCACUCUUGAGGCCAGUGCAACCCUCCCCAUAAGAGGCAGCACUGAGGUCCCACCCAGGACCAAAGCCAGGGGCUCCCAUGGGUCUAGGGAGGAAGCUGGAGAAAGAGAGGUGGGGGAGCCUGCCUCCUCGUCCCUCUGUCACUUUGAGCUUCUGGAACUUGAUGCUAUAAAACCAUAAAGACUUGA